ACCGUACGGUCCAGCACUGACAAGUCUAUCGCGGCAGCUUAACUGUCGAAAUUUAUCCUAGCGACCUCUGUCCCUACGCGAACGAGCCUGACCUCUUCCGUGAUCUUAAUAAAAAGGUUAAUUACAUAGUAGGGCUGGACCUAUUACGGCGAGUGUAGCGUACCCUAUAGCGCGGUAUCUUCGCCGGCGCGCCUAGUAUUAACUAAAUAGCGACCUUCGUGAACUUUACGCCGCUGUUUCUACACGUCGAAGUUAAGCGGCGCUAUAUAGCCGCCGACCCAGCUAUACAGCUUGCCGCCUAGAUCGCUGCAGAGUUUAACAAGCGUACUCUUAAGCGCUACCCCCUUAAUAUGCCAUGGUUACUAUAUACUGUAUAUGCGGUACCGGAGCCUUGUAGUAAAGGAUUUAGCGUGGAGUUUGUAGGUCCGCAAUGCAUAGGGAAUACGUACGAUGUAGAAGAUAUAUAUACGCUGCUGCGGUCCCUAUUGGCGGUUGCAAGUUAGGGGCAGUCUGUGUAUCGGCCGUGGUUUAAGGAGAAAAUACUCGCGCUCUACGAAGGUUAAGAAGAGAUAUACGUUGAAUGCAUUACUUACACGUAGGC